CUGAUCAACGACCUCGAUACCCAGAUAAAAUGACAGUAACCCCAAAUCACUCAUCUCAAAUUGAGUUGUCAUCUCCAUCUUGAACCUCGAGAUUUCUGCUGGAUCACUUCUUAUCACAAUUAAGUCAUCAACAAAAGAUACCUAGUACCACUGCUGGCUCACAAGCACACUCGGUGAAGCCUAACUUCUUUAGACUUUGUCAAGCUUCACGUUUCAGGCUCUAGGAGUACAUGCUUCUCCUUUCCCUUCACUUCAUACCCUUCAGGCUGAGAAACAUACAUACACUUCUUCCAGUUCACCAUUCUGAAAAUAACAUUGACAAAGAAAAUAGAAAAGGUUGAUUGGGAGUUGGGACUGGCCGUCUGCCCUUGUUGCAAUGGAACAGCGAUCUUUUGGUCAAUCAAACCUGAGCCAUUGUUUACAAAACAUAAAUAACAUCAUAUCUGCUAGGGCAAAUUGAUGUGAAGAUAAGACGCUUCUUAAUUUACAAAACAUAAAUGACAUCACAUCUAAUAUUAAUUUGGAAAUAAGACGCCUCUUAAUUUAGAGCCACACCCUUCUGAGGACCCGUCCAGUUCCCUGCAACCUACGUUCCACUGAAAACAGCAUCUUUAAAAGCAUGUUGAAAAUCCAAACCAAAUUUCUCCAGGCCGCUAAAAGAAGGAACUUGUCAAAAAGAGCUAUCACGUUCGUUCCAAGAAGCUAGAAUUUUCGCAAUUGCAUUGCUAGGUAGUCUGGCUUCUGCCUCCCCAAUUGAGUGUUAAGUACAAACUCCAUCCGAGUUGCUGCACAUAAACAUUUGCCGGCACCUACUCUACUAUUGCCAUUUUUCCCACCAUGGCCGUGUUCGACAUGAAGUCCGCUCCCUUGAUGAUCCUAGAACUCCUCUUAGUUAGCCUUGGCCUUACCAUUGCGCCCUUCAGCGCCGAAGAAAACAACGACCACUGGUUCGUCUACUCUGGCUUCGCCAAUGCUAGCCUCACCCUAGACAACACAGCCUCGAUCACACCAAGCGGGUUGCUGGAGCUGACCAAUGGCACGGUCAUGAGCAUGGGCCAUGCCUUCUACCCGACUCCACUGCGCCUCCGUGACUCGCCCAACAGCACGGUGCAGUCCUUCUCUGCCUCCUUCGUGUUCGGCAUCAUCUCCAUCUACGACGACUUGAGCAGCCACGGCCUCGCUAUGUUGAUUGCACCGAGCAGGACACUUUCCGCGCUUCCAGUGCAAUACCUGGGCCUCCUAAGUGGCUCCAACGAUGGCAACAAGAGCAACCAUAUCUUCGCCGUUGAGCUUGACACCUACCAGAACAGUGAGUUUAAGGACAUCAACAACAACCACAUCGGCAUCGACAUCAACAGCAUGACCUCCGUGCAGUCCAACCCGGCUGGUUUCUUCCAUGAUCAAGAUGGAACCUUCGAAAACCUGACACUCAGUAGCAAAGAGGCGAUGCGGGUGUGGGUGGAGUACGAUCGAGAGAAUACACAGAUUGACGUCACCAUGGCUCCUCUGGCCAUAGUCAAACCUAAGAGACCAACAGUGUCCACUAUCCAAAACCUCUCAGACGUGCUCACCGACGUGGCAUACGUCGGUUUCUCAUCGUCAACGGGCAAGAUCCAUACGCAACACUAUGUUCUCGGCUGGAGCUUCGCCAUGAACGGCCCUGCUCCGUCCAUCGACCUGAGCAUGCUUCCAAAGCUUCCACGGCAUCAUCACAAGAGUCGACGAUCCUGGGUGUUAGAGACAGUUCUGCCCAUAGCAACUGCAGCAUUGCUCUUGUCUCUUGGUGUCGUUGCUUUCUUGCUUGUGCGGAGGCAUGUCAGGUACGCGGAGAUACGGGAAGACUGGGAAUUGGAGUUCGGCCCGCACCGAUUCUCAUACAAGGACCUGUUCCAUGCGACGGGUGGAUUUGAGAACAAGAAUCUUCUUGGCAUUGGAGGAUUUGGGAGAGUGUACAAAGGGGAGCUCCCGAGAUCGAGAUUGAAGAUAGCCGUGAAGAGGGUAUCGCAUGACUCCAAGCAAGGGAUGAAGGAGUUUAUCGCGGAGAUCGUCAGCAUAGGACGUCUUCAGAACCGCAAUCUCGUCCAGUUGCUUGGCUACUGUCGUCGCAAAGGUGAGCUCCUACUGGUAUAUGAGUACAUGCCCAAUGGAAGCUUGGAUAAAUACCUGCAUAAUGCAAAAGAGGGCAACUCUGCGUUGAGUUGGGCUCAAAGGUUUCGGAUCAUCAAGGGAAUCGCAUCCGGCCUACUGUAUCUCCAUGAGGAGUGGGAGAAGGUAGUUGUUCACAGAGACAUCAAGGGAAGCAAUGUGCUCCUCGACAGCGAGAUGAAUGGACGGUUAGGCGAUUUCGGCCUUGCAAGGUUGUAUGAUCACGGUGUCGACCCACAGACCACACAUGUGGUUGGCACCAUAGGUUACCUUGCUCCGAAGCUCGCACGCGGCGGAAAUGCCACUCCCCUUACAGAUGUUUUCUCCUUUGGUAUGUUUGUCCUUGAGGUCACCUGUGGACAGAGGCCUGUCAGACACGAAAAUGUGCAAGAUAGCCAACUCAUGCUGGUUGAUUGGGUGCUCGACAAGGUGCGAGAAGGAUCAUUCGGUGCUACCAUGGAUGCUAGGCUUGAAGGGAAGUAUGAUAUCGGUGAGGCAUACUUGGCGUUGAAAAUAGGGCUGUUGUGUUCACACCCAUUCGCCAGUGAAAGGCCUACCAUGCGGCAAGUCAUACAAUACUUGGAUGGGGAGAUUGAGGCUCCAGAUUUAAGCUUCGAGGUGCUAGCCUCUAUGCAAAGUGAAGGGAUCGAUCCAUACCUCAUUUCAUAUCCCUUGUCAACAGAAUGCUUCAGCACAACGUCAAACGUCGUCUCUGGAGGAAGAUGAAAAUGUGUUGUCAUGAAUGGAUACAAAUAUGUUUAUUGCAUACCCUAAGUAACUUAUUUGCAGGUUCUUUUUAGGAGAACACACUGACUAAGGUUUUGGAGUCAACUUCAAAGUAAAGAUGAAAACAAGGAUCUAAUAAUAAAAGGCUGCAGAAGGAUGGAGUCAGUUGGGAUGCACAUCUUCGCGCACUAUGGCUGGAGAUUCAUAAACAGAUUGUCAUUAUAAUUUUGUUUUUCUGUGUUUUCGUGAGUGCCUAUACUAUGUGUCGGAGGUUUGUCCAUCCUUGGUGUUGUAGUCCCUGUGACUACUGUUUUUGUAAGCGUUGGCCCUAGCCUCUCGUUUUGACUUUUGAGGUUAAAGCCGGACAUUUCCAUUAUCUAAAAAAAGAAAUUAAAUGUGCAUUGUAUAUAUAGAGGAAGCCUACAUAACUCGAGGAUAUUGUUAUUAAUUUGCCUGUAAAAUAGUGUGCUUCUUUUUCUGUUUGCAUCCAGAUAUCUUGUGUUUUUUGUUCAAUUACUUCGUGCAGCACCCUUGUUUUGCAUUAGAACCUCCAAUCAAAUAAUUGACGGUACUCACUGAUGUCAAAAUUCACUAGCUUUCACUGUAAGAUAACUACUAUUCAUAAGUAGUCAGUUAUAUAUGUUUGUUUUUUUACAACUAUUCAUAUGUGCAUCCAUGAGAAUCAUAAGGCCAGAUGGAUGAAAAAAAUCGACAAGACAACUAAGCUACAUAAUAACAUGUUCAGUCAUAUAAAAGAUUUUUUUUUGCUUAACACAAUUAUAUAAAAAAAUGUAUAUGUUACAUCCAUCUACCUGAAUCCUCCCAUGCCAGGUUCCCUUGAUCCUAGCUAAGUAUUGGUAAUCUCUAUGAAUUGUACUAGUAUGACCAGAAACAUAUUGCCAAGUGUGCACUGAAUGUACAUAAGAUAUUUUCGGUAAGUAGGAAUCUGGAACUGGCAUUUUGAAGUCUGUAAGUCUCAAAUGCAAAGUUCCCUUGGUCCUAGACAAUCUCUACAUCUCAAUCAGACAAAUAAUAAUGUGUCUGGAGUCUGGACAAAUUGUACUCCUAUAGAUACAACCAUGAGGGUACUCAGAAGUCCAUGCUGAAUCCAUAUAAGAUUUUUUCAGGAAGUAAGGAUUUGGACCUGGCAUUCUGAAGUAGUGAAGCCUGAAUAACCAGAUGCCAAGUAGCUUUGAAACAAGGUAAUCUCCACAAUUCACACACAGACAAAGAAUGAACGAAUUGUUUUGUACUUUUAUGACCACACAUAUGUUUGCAUCAAAGCAGCACACAUCGCAUCAAGCUUCGUUUUCAGUUAUUUCCCUUCUUUAAAUGCACUUGUUUACUUCUAGUUCCUUCCAUUUUACAUGGAAAAAAUAAAUAUUUCGAUGUUCACAGGGAUCCAUAUCCCUGUUAGCAACUUUAUGUUUUCCUUAGUCUAUACUCUAUAGUAGUAUAGUUAUAGGAAGCUAGGUUCUGGCUCUUGCUUAAGCUUAGUAUUUAAAAAAUUUAGAUCACAUUGCAUAUAUAAGAAAUUAUAUGCACGUAGGAUUAGAUCCUAUUUCUACAGAACAA